UUUGUUAUAUGUAAAAGUAAAUACAGUUAUAGAAGAUGAUGUAAUUUUGCUUUAUUAAGCUAAUAAGCUGUUAUUGCAAUUAUAAUCACAUUGCUUAGGCUAAUAAAAAUGUGCCUGCAAACCUUGAACCUGACAAGCUAAGGACAAGAGUCUUAUCAUCAUGUUUCUUCUCUUAUAACCAUAUGCAAUACUGACUUUGAAUAAGUGUGCACAUGGCAUGAAACAGAAGUACGCAGUAUGUUUGUGUGCAUGUGUGAAUUUGCUGGCAGCACACUUUAAUGUCAUGCUGGUUGUCACCAUCUUGCACCUCCAUGUGUAUAUCCUGGCCUCAGAACAGAAAAUCUGCAGAAAGGAGUCAGAGAAGUUUUGCUACAAGAUCGCCUAUUUCAGUGAUGUCCACCGCAAAGUCAACUUUGAGCAGGCAAGCAAGGCCUGCAGGAGUGAUGGAGGAGAGCUGCUCAGCAUCGAGUCCGAGAGUGAGCAAAGACUUAUUGAGAGGUUCAUUGAGCAGAUAAAGGGAUCUGAUGGAGACUUCUGGAUUGGGCUAAGGAGGAAGUCAGAGCACCAGGAGGCCACUGCAGACUGUCCCAAGAAAUACCAGUGGGUGGACGGCAGCAAAGCAGUCUUCAGAAACUGGCAUCUAGAUGAGCCGUCAUGUGGACAUGAGAUGUGUGUGGUCAUGUACUACCAGCCUUCUGCAUCUGUCGGGACCGAGGGGCUGUACAUGUUUCAAUGGAAUGAUGAUAAUUGUGAGACUAAGAAUAAUUUCAUCUGCAAGUACUCUCAAGAUAAAGUCUUGGUGUCCUCAGAGGCUGGCAAUUCCACCCAUACAGUUCCUACAACAAUCUCCACCAGACCAAAGCACCCUGCAGUAACCAUUAAUGACAGCAACAAUGUCGUCAUUACCGAAUCCAAAGGCACAGCGUUAAACAUUAUAUACAUUGUAAUCCCAAUGAUUCCACUCCUGCUGCUGUUGAUGGUUGCUACAGGAGUGUUCUGUUUCAAGCUGUUUGCUCAAAGGAGCAAAGACAGAAUUGUAAUGACCACCAAGGAACCAAACUUGUGGAUGGCACCAAACAGAUGUAACAGUCCAAGCCUGGAUGUUUAUAAUGUGAUCAGACAGCAGCAUGAUGCUGACCUGGCCAGUGCAAGACCGGAUAUCAAAAAUGCUUCAUUUCGAGCUUCCUCCAUUGACGCCCCUCCAGAUAAUCUCUCUGGAGAUUAUGACAACAUGGGGGGCAGCCAUUCAGAAAGUGGCUUUGUGACUUUAGCAAGCACUGAGAGUGGUUUUGUGACAAAUGAAAUAUAUGAAGGAUACCACACCAGGGGUGGUGGAGGCAAUGACUCUGGUUGGGUGGAGAAUGAAAUUUAUUGCUAUUGAUUAAAUCCAUUGGUUAAAACAAAAUAAAACUUUGUUUCCCAUUUGUUUAGAGUAAACUGCGCAAAUGAACUACAUGCGAAUUUCCAUAUUAUGCUUUAUAAUUCACCAUAAUAAAUAAAUAUAAUGGAAUGGCAAACAAGACAAUCUCUUGCUUAAUAUGUUUCCUACCCACACAAAUGCUAUUAAGCAAAAAUAAAUAUUUUUAAUCAAG